UCCAUCUCCGCAAAAUCACUUGAAAAGGAAAAUUGAGAUAAAACCCACUUUGAGUCCAUCAUUAAUAUAGGGUUUUGGAAGAGAAUACCACGAGGGUUUGAAAAGGGACUAAUCCAAAUAUCACUUUCAUCUGGGUUUUUCUGCAGGGAUUUUCAUCAUCACAAUGCUUAAAAGAGUAUGGGUUUUUGGUUUUAUGGAAAACCAGCUGGUUUGAGUACUUAAAAUAAGUAGGUUUCUCUUUCUCUGUUAAACCCCUUUUUCUUAUUAAUGGAGUCUUGAAUGGAGGUGGGUUUUGAUUAGAUUUUGAGAAAAAUCAGAACAAUGGGGGUUUGUUCAAGUUCUAGGAUUGACAAGAGUGAAGCACUAUGUUUAUGUAAAGAAAGGAAGAGAUUAAUCAAACAAGCAAUUGAUUCAAGGUACGCAUUAUCAGCUUCUCAUCUAUGUUACAUUCAAUCUUUAAGAAAUAUUGGGAUUGCAUUAAGAAGAUUUGCUCAAGCUGAAAUGUUGAUUGAAUCAUCACCAUUAUCAUUAUCUAGUGCAACUAAUAAUGAGACUGAUAAUAAUGCCCCAUCACCUCAUUCAUCUUUACCAUCUCCUUCGCCUAUCGAAACUAGUCCCAUGUCUGCUGCUCAUUCAAACAUUAGUUACAUGAGGUUAUCAGGUGGUGGCGAUAAUGCUGCUGUUACUGUUAAGUUUGAUCCUAAUUUGAGUAAUAGCUUUAUUGAUGGUGAAUCUUUAACUUUCCAUCCACCACCACCACCACCUGGUGCUGAUCCCUCUUGGGAUUUCUUUCAACCGAAUGAGGCGGAGAGUUUUCGAUUCGGUAGAGAUAAUGGGUUGUUUGAGGACCAUUGUUUUGAGGAGUUAAAGAAAGAGUUGAGAGGAGAAGAAGUUGUUGAGCCAUUGAAUGGUAGUAGUAAUAGUGAAAUUCAUUCGGAGUCAGUAAGGACUAGUUCUGAGAAUGGUGUUCAUGAAAUUAGUGUUAAUAAAGUUGGUCUAAGUGGGCAGUCUGAGGCUAUUACUUUGGAUAAGUCUAUAUCGAUGAGGGCGAAGCCGAAAACAGAUGAUGAUGAUGAUGAUGAGUGUAUGGAAACGAUGGAAAGAGAAGAUCCUUCGGAUUUUAUUACUCACAGGGCUAAAGAUUUUCUUUCUAGUAUAAAGGAUAUUGAGCAUAAAUUCUUUAGAGCUUCGGAAUCUGGCAAGGAGGUUUCAAGAUUGCUGGAGGCUGAUAAAAUCAGGCUUGACUACUGUGAGGGCAAAGGAAGAUCACCUGCCUCAGUUUUAAUAUCAGCUUUUAAUCUAGCUUGUUGCCAAGGAGAGACCGUCCUUCCCAAUGUGCCUAUCCAAAACACGACUAAGGUUAUUACAUGGAACCGGUCUACAUCUUCACAAUCAUCUUCAUCCCGAAAUCCUCUUGCUUCUGCAUCAAAAGAUGACAUGGAUGACAGUGGGAGCGAUUUUCUUGAAGAAUUUAACAUGAUCGCAGGUAGUCAUUCAUCCACCUUGGAUAGAUUGUAUGCGUGGGAGAGGAAGUUAUUUGAUGAAGUGAAGGCUAGUGAGUACAUCAGAAAAGAGUAUGAGCAGAAGUGUGAUCAACUCAGGCAUCAAUUCGCCAAAGAUGUAAAUCCAUAUGCCAUUGACAAAACUCGAGCCAUUGUUAAGGAUCUUCAUUCACGCAUACGAGUUGCUCUUCACGCUGUUGAUUCAAUUGCUAAACGCAUUGAGAAAUUAAGGGAUGAGGAAUUGCAACCUCAACUUGUAGAACUGAUACGAGGAUUGAUCAGAAUGUGGAAGGUCAUGCUCGAAUGUCAUCACACACAGUACAUCACAAUUUCAUUAGCGUACCAUGUGAAGAACUCCACAAUGGCGUCAACUCAGGGAGAGUCAUAUAAACUGAUUGUUGGCAACCUUCAGCAUGAGAUUGAAUAUUUCGAAUCAAACUUCGUAGAUUGGAUUAGUGCGUAUAAAUCCUACGUUGAAGCUCUCAAUGGUUGGCUUCAACUCUGCAUUGUGCUUCCUCCAGAACGUUCAAGAGCACGAAGAUCCUUCUCUCCUCGUAGAGCUCUAGCUCCUCCAAUAUUUGUUCUAUCUGGUGAUUGGUCAGCUGGGAUCAAAACCCUUCCAUCAGAGGAACUCAAAGAUGCCAUCAGAGCAUUCGCUUCUGAACUACAAACCUCAAUAAAGCAAAUAGAAGAGUACGAGAAGACUCAAGAAUCCUCAGAUUUGGAGAAGAGCAGAGAAAAUGAAGACAAAGAAGAUGGUAAGUGUGAUAAGCCUUCCAACUUGAGAAACAUACAUACAAGCUUGACAAAGGCACUCGACCGUCUGACAAAGUUUGCAGAGGCUUCUCUAAAAAUGUAUGUUCAAAUCUGUAAAGAGAGCGAGACAGCUCGAAAAGCUUAUGGAGAUUGCAUGACAAAUACGUAGAUUGUAAGGAAGAGGAAUGUGGUUAGUAACUUAGUAAUGUAAUUAAGGUUCGAAUCGAUACCAGAGAGGGAGAUGAACUAGAUGAUAAAUAUUUGUAAAAUCUAAGUUGAUAGAAAAGCUCAUUUGAG